UCAAUUCCUUACCAUGAAUUUGGCAUCCUUCUCGCUAACAUUAUUGGUUCUCAUAUCAAGAAACCUUCUCUGCCACACUAAAAAUCCUAUCCAGGAACCUCUGCUAGAAGCAUUCAAUGGAAAUAAAACUGAUCUUUUUUGCACCCACCCAAAUAUUCAAACCAAUGAAUACAUCUUUUGGUACCGACAAUUCCCCAGCCAGCCUCCUCAUUUCAUUGUAAGAGGAUACCAAGAACCAUCAAAAAGCAUCGCAGAAGAGCGAGUUUCCUUAGUUGUUGCUCAAAAUCGAAAAAAUAGCACUUUCUCCUUCACCAACGUUGCUGUUGAGGACCAGGCAUUCUAUUUUUGUGCUCUAGGAGACACUGUGUCACAGCCUAAAAAUAUUUCAGGACAGACCGUGACCCAAACAGAAGGCACGAUGACCUUCACAGAAGGACAACCUAUAUUUCUCAAUUGCACUUAUUCCAAAAGCAUAGAUUAUCAACCAAGUCCAUUCUGGUACAUUCAAUAUCUUGGACAACCACCUAAGCUUUUUCAGAGCACUUUUUUGACACCUAAUGUACACAUAAGCCUCCCUCAAAACUUCACCGCCAUCCAUAAUAAAGUGGGAAUGAGUUUCCACAUGAAGAAAUCAGUCAGCCAACUGAAUGAUUCAGCUAUCUACUUCUGUGCUGCAGAAAGCACUGUGUCUAACACUGGAAAUGAUAAGAUUUUCUUUGGAAGUGGGACUAGACUGGUCGUCAUGCCAAAUCUUAAUGUUUCAGAACCUUCUGUCUACCAGCUGGAAUCCAAAAAAGAAUCAGGCGACCUAGCCGCUUGCCUCAUUACUGACUAUUCACCAGAUCCCAUCAAUGUGAAGUUUAAUGAUAAUUUGGAUCCUGUAGCAACCAAUGGCUCUGUUGUGGUUGUGAAAGAUGGCGAUAAAGAAUCGGCCAGCCUUGGGGUCGUCCUUUGGAGCAAAAAUAAGGAUGAGUUUCAAUGCUCUGCUAUUUACAAUGACCAAACCUACAAAGCUGAAAAAGAAGAGGAUGCUACGUGUUCAGAAACUCAGUCUGACACUCCAGUUUUCGAAACAGACGAAAGGUUGAAUCUUCUCUCUCUCACUGUGAUGGGACUGAGAUUGAUAUUUUUCAAGAGCGUUGCUCUCAACUUGAUACUUACCUACUGGGCAUGGUCAAGAUGAGGAAUGUCAGAAAAAUGGAGAACUGGAAUGUUGUCAUUUAGGACUUCAAUAUUUGACUGGACAGAAAACAUGCUACCAGCUUUCCUGAUUGCCUUCUCAGAUUUUUAAACAAAACAGCUUCACUUUUUAAAUGUUCUGUGGAAUAGCUUUUAAAAACACCUGGACAGCUUAUCAAUGCAAAUUCUUGCAUUGUUCUAAUGUACUAUACCGUCUUCUGAAUAUUAUGUGUUAAAGCAUU